AUGAAAAUUCUUUAUAAAGAAGCAGGAUAUUUUCAUAUUCUGGAUUCUUCGUCGUUGCGUAAUUUGUUAGAAAUUGAAUUUCUUAACAUUCUGGAUCUAUCUAUCUAUCUAUCUAUCUAUCUAUCUAUCUAUCUAUCUAUCUAUCUAUUACUUACGAUAUUUAUUGAUGAAAACUGCACACUCUUGGAGAAUGAAUUACAUGACAUCAACCAGCACUUCAUGUUUUAUUUUCUGAAAAUUUCUAUCUAUCUAUCUAUCUAUCUAUCUAUCUAUCUAUCUAUCUAUCUCAGUCUGUUCAUAUCUGUCUAUCUCAGUCUUUUCAUAUCUAUCUAUCUAUCUAUCUAUCUAUCUAUCUAUCUCAGUCUGUUCAUAUCUGUCUAUCUCAGUCUUUUCAUAUCUAUCUAUCUAUCUAUCUAUCUAUCUAUCUAUCUAUCUAUCUAUCUAUCUAUCUCAGUCUGUUCAUAUCUGUCUUUCUCAGUCUUUUCAUAUCUAUCUAUCUAUCUAUCUAUCUAUCUCAGUCUGUUCAUAUCUGUCUAUCUCAGUCUUUUCAUAUCUAUCUAUCUAUCUAUCUAUCUAUCUAUCUAUCUAUCUAUCUAUCUAUCUCAGUUUGUUCUAAUCUAUUUUAGUCUGAUCAUUUCUCUUCUCUUUUCAUUGGCAUUUGGAACUGAUUUUCUCCAUCGCUCUCUCUCUCUCUCUCUCUCUCUCUCUCUCUCUCUCUCUCUCAUCUUUGUCUUUUGGAAAAUGAGAAACUGA